UGUACUGGCAACGCUAGCACGUGUAGGGAAGAUCAAGGGGUUAUCUUAAUCAGCCAGACAGCGCCUCAGUCGGACCGUGGCGACUGUCUGCAGCGUGCGCUGCCGUGUUUGUACACAGUGCGCCGUCUAUUCUGGACCUAUACGAUUUCUCUCUUUAUUGCAUUGUGCACCACUGCAGCAAAGAGAAACUGUACCCACACGAGCAGUAUCACUUCUAACAACAGUGAAGCCGGUAGCGUCCGCUUCCCCGGGAAGGACUUAACAGAGAAUACUGAGGACAUAGCCUACUAUCAUUCCAGCGUCGCUCACGAAAGGGAAUAGAAGUUUUUAUCUGCUUGCUUGUAUUAGCGGACUGGGCAACUGCUAUUUCAUGAUAUAAUGGGACCGUUAUUUCUUGCUCUCGUCCUCAGCAUAAGCGUCUCUGUCCCGCAGCACGCGGAAGGGGAAGAGUGCGAGCCAAACCCAUGCGCGAACGGGGGCGCCUGUUUCACGGCGCUGGCUGACGAGGCUCUCUCAUGUGAGUGUCGCUCUGGCUUCACAGGUCCCAAGUGUGCUAGUGUUGUGGAUGUUGCAGCCGAUGGAGAGGACCCUACUUCAGCAGGGCCUUGUCACCCAAAUCCCUGUCACAAUGGAGGAGUGUGUGAAAUCAGUGAGACGUACAGAGGCGACACCUUCAUUGGAUACGUGUGCAAGUGCCCACCUGGCUUCAGCGGAAUCCGCUGCCAACACAAUGUGAAUGAAUGUGAAAGGGAGCCAUGCAAAAAUGGAGGAAUCUGCACAGACCUGGUUGCCAACUACUCAUGCGAGUGCCCUGGAGAAUUCAUGGGAAGGAACUGUCAAUACAAAUGCUCUGGCCCCCUGGGGAUGGAAGGGGGAAUUAUCUCCAAUCAGCAGAUCACAGCAUCUUCUACACAUAGAGCACUGUUUGGGCUGCAGAAGUGGUACCCAUAUUUUGCCAGACUGAACAAGAAGGGCCUGGUCAAUGCCUGGAGUGCUGCAGAGAAGGACAGAUGGCCCUGGAUACAGAUAAACCUGCAGAGGAGGAUGAGGGUGACGGGCCUGAUCACGCAGGGGGCCAAGCGCAUCGGGAGCCCCGAGUACGUCAAGUCCUACAAAGUGGCCUUCAGCGACAACGGGAAGACCUGGAGGACCUACAAGGUCAAGGGCACGGACGAGGACAUGGUGUUUCGUGGAAAUGUCGAUAACAACACACCGUCUGCCAACUCUUUCACUCCACCAAUUGAAGGACAGUACAUACGAAUGUACCCACAAGUCUGCAGGAGACACUGUACCCUUCGCUUGGAGCUUCUGGGCUGUGAGCUCACAGGGUGUUCUGAGCCAAUGGGGAUGAAGACAGGUCACAUCCAGGAUUAUCAGAUUACGUCAUCAAGCGUCUUUCAGACACUUAACAUGGAUAUGUUCUCCUGGGAGCCAGGAAAGGCCAGACUGGACAAACAAGGCAAGGUCAACGCAUGGACAUCUGGACACAAUGACCAGUCGCAGUGGCUACAGGUUGACUUGCUCAUCCCCACCAAGAUCACCGGCAUCAUCACCCAAGGAGCCAAAGAUUUUGGACAUGUCCAGUUUGUGGGGUCCUACAAACUGGCUUACAGCAAUGAUGGAGAAAGAUGGACUGUUUAUCAGGAUGAAAAAACAAGGAAAGACAAGAUAUUCCAAGGAAACUUUGACAAUGAGACGCACAGAAAGAACGUGAUCGACCCGCCCAUCCACAGCCGCUUUGUGCGGAUCCUCCCCUGGUCCUGGUACGGUCGGAUUACUUUGCGGGUCGAGCUCCUCGGGUGCACGGAGGAAGACUGAGCCACGCCCCCAACGCCCCCCUGCCCCAGCACCCAGGCCCCUGGAAUACUGGAAUAUUGAAGAUUACUCCAGCGUCUCGAUAGAAACUGUGUGAAACCUGUACAAAACAAUCUAUUUCUGAUGCUUUUUUUCCCCCAAGAGUGUUUGGUUGUGAUUGGCAGGACUUUGUGUUUUGUAUAAUGAUCUAAACCUGCCCAUGUCAAAUAUAUGUCCUUUCUAGACAUUAUUAUUAUUAUUAUUAUUGUCAUCAUUAUCAAUAAUAAUAAUAAUAAAAUGUCAACAUUUCUUUUAGUUUUGCUUUUCUGUAUGGAAUGUAUUUGUUUAAAGUCUGGGGGGAAAUAUUCACACUGUGGUUAAAACUUAUGGCCAUACAAGCUGCAGUGUUACUUUCUAAAAAAGACUCGAGUGAUCUGAAUUGCCUCUUUGGCUAUAUAAGCUUUGAACAGUGCUCAUGUCCGACUAGAAAGCAAAAAGUUGUUUAAAGUUAGGAACUAUUAUAAAAAGGUAACCACUAAUAUUAUGCAAUGCAUUUGUACUUUUUACUAUAACACGUAAUGGACAUUACUGUCAUUCUUGUAUUUUGGGGUGGGAUGACUCUACAUUAAAUAACCAUCUAACAAUAAUUGCAUGGUACACUCAUGGUAUUUAAUGCAUAUCGUAACAUUUUUUUGAAAAGGCUUGCAAUACACAAAGUCGACAGUGUGAUUUAAGAGUAUAUAUUUUUAUGUCUUUUUUGUUAUAUUUCCUGACAUACACUGCAGAGGUUUAGACCUAAAUACAAUCAGCUGUACUACUUUUAAAAAGGAUAUCACAGAGAGUUAAAUGAUAUUAGUAAAAUAAAUGCCCUAAUUGUCUCAACUUUCAUUUUUUUAAAUUUAUUUUAAAUAUGUAUUUGUAACAGUUGCUGUGGACUUCACAUGCGUAGGAUAUAUGCUGAAAUUGUGAAUUUUCUUCCCUUUGUUUUGCAUUGCAAUUUCAUUUCACUCAAAUUUAAAUUUGAAAAGCUCAGGAUAGAAGCCACUUGUUUAUAUUGUUCAUUUUUUUUUACCCACAGUUCUAUGAUAUGCCUAAGUGUAAAUUGCUUAAUAUAUUUAAGAACUCAUCAUUUGUGUCUGAAAGCACUUGAAACAAAUGUAAGAAAACCAGAACCCAAACAGCUAAUUCUAUAAUAAAGAUUGCAUUGGAUCCACUUUAUUCUAGUAUAUUCAAGCUAUAUUCCAUUCUAAAUUUUACAUAACAUAAAAGUUGAACAAUUUCAUGUUUUGGUUGCUAUCAGGAACAGUUGUAGUUGCUGGUACUGUAUGUCCAUAUAUCUGUACCAUAUACCUGUAUGUUCUCCUUUACAUCUGCACCACUACAUGAAUCAUUCAAAAUAUGUAUAGUUGUGAAAAGCUACAGUUCAAGCAAUAUAAAUGAAGUGGAUUGAAUUAAACCAAUUUCAUGAUAAUUAUUUUACCAGACAGUGCAACAAAACAUGUUGCAACUGGACUGUUACCAUAGCUGAAGUGUAUACUAGACCUUGGGUCGAAACAUCUCGUCUAUUGAAUUGCCACAACAUUUUUAUAAAAUACCUCCUUGGCAGAAUUCUGGGUCUUAUCCCAGAAUUCCAACACCCUGUGGAAUGAUAUGUUAAAGGUAAUAUGGAAGAGUUAACAAGUUUGAUUGGAAAUAAACAAAUGAUUAACUGUACACUGAGAAUUAAUUGUGUGGGGACAUUAUUUUCUGACAUCUGCUUGAAGUAUAUAAAUAAUUGUAUUAGAUACCAUAAUGUCAUUAAAAAAAUACUAUUGUGUUUUUAAUUGUAUAUUGUGCAACAUUAUUUACAUUUUACACUGUAUAUAUACCAGUUUCAUGCAGUUUCCUACAUUUUUGUUAUGAUCAAGAUAGCCAUGACACCUUUGAGAUGAUGUAGUCUUAUUACUGUAUGCCCUCUUACGGUUGUGUUGUCCAAGGCCAUUCGGCCCAGUUAUCUUCUGUAAGGUAUUUUCAAAUGUUCAUUUGACUCACUAGAUUCUCAUCUCUGUAUUAAAAUUGAGAGUUCUGUGCUCCUGUUAUAGAAGUCGAAGCAUUCCACUUUGAUGCGUCUUCUUAAAAUUCUUUAAAUGAAGGGGAGUAACCAAGGACAGUAUUGAAAAGAAUGUCCUGUAUACUGUAAAUUCCAGAUUAAAUUGGAAUAUCAGGAAAUAUUUCUUUACACAAGUUGGCAGUGUAUGAAACAGCUUGCCAGGACCAUCGUAGUAGAGGCAGAGACCAUCGUGAUUUAAGAUGCUCUCUAGUGCGUAGGUAGAUGACAAACCUAGGUGGGUGAAUGGCCUAUUUUGGUCAUGCACAUGUAUGUAUACUUAUGUUCUUGAGACAGCACCAGCAACACAUUAUAAACCAGAACCUCUUGUAUUUAAGAAGCAAAGAGGGCAGGAGGAGAAUAUGAGCAGAGGAAUGGUGUGUCAGUAGAAUCUCUGGCAUUGCCACUAUUAUCCAAGAAAAUUAUUAAUUUUUGUUAUCGCAGUCACCUGUGGUUGCUUUUCUAACCAUGCAACUUCAAUAUUUAUUUUUAUAUGCAAGAAAUACAUAAAGCCAUGACAUUGCAAAGGGAGACAAAAUCAGUUGACGUACCUGAGUAAAAGUUCAAUGUUGUUUCCAGUAGUUUGCGGUCUUUCACUUUGUGUAAUGUACCCUGUGAUUUCUGUGAGGAAGUCCACCCGUGUGAAGAAAAGGAUAACCAAAUGGCCUGUGAAUUGAGUUUGAUUUAUUUUCUUCUUUUGGUGUCUGCAUUAUCUAAUGUCAUCAUUUCAGUGUGAAUAACAAGUGCUAUCUGGCAAAAUAUAAUGAUUAUGUACUGAUUUGUCAAAGUUUGUUGGGGGAAAGACGAUUGGGGAUUUUGUUGUGUAUAGCUAUGUGGUCACUUCAAGGAAAGCUCUUUGGUUUGACAAAUAAUAAAAACAAAAUGUCUGUGAA